AUGAAGUGGUGCUUUCUUCCAAAUCUCUCCCACAAGCAGUCACUUGACGGCCAAGGUUUUUCAAAUCACAACCACAAUGACGUCUUACUAACAUUAGCAAAGCCGAUCAUCUUAGCGAGGGCGAAAAACAAUGCAAAUUCUGUAUUGUCGCCGUCGUCCCUCCACAUUGUAUUGAGCAUGAUUGCAGCCGGAGCAAAAGGCCAAACUCAAGCCCGGCUUCUUUCUUUCCUCAGGUCUAACUCCAUUGAGGAGCUCAACUCUUUAGGUUCUUCAUCAGUCACUUCUGUACUGGCCGACGGUAGCCUUCCUGGCGGCCCUCGCAUGUCGUCUUUGAAUGGAGUUUGGAUUGAUGGUUCUACCCGAUUCGAUCUUAACUACAAGAAUGCGUUGUCCCUUUUUUAUAAGGCUCAUCCUAAUGAACCUGGCGCGGUUGACAACCUUUCCAUGUUGCUUGCAAAUGCACUAUAUUUCAAAGGAGCUUGGGGAGAAAAGUUUGAUGCAUCGAAGAGAAAGGAGCACAAGUUUCAUCUUCUGGAUGGAAAUACAGUGAAAGCUGCUUUUUUCACUAGCGAGAAAAAUCGAUAUAUAAGUGCAUAUAAAGGUUUCAAAGUGUUGCGACUUCCUUAUAAAAACGGCGAUUAUUCGCGCCCGUGUUUUUCCAUGUACUUGUAUCUUCCAAAUGCCAAGAACGGACUGCUGGAUUUGGUGGAAAAUAUUAGUUCGAGACCUGGAUUCGUGAAGCAUUAUUCCCCGAGUACAAAAGUUGAAGUUGGGGACUUCCUGAUUCCGAAGUUCAAGAUCUCAUUCGGGCUUGAAAGUUCAGGCACGGUUUUCCCUUCUACUGGAGGGCACAACAUUUUCCAGGAAUCCUACAUUGAUGUCAACGAAGAUGGAUCGGAGGCCGAAUCCUUCACUGAUGCUGCCCACUAUGGAACAGAAACCACUGCAGAAAUUGCUGAUUCGAAGGCUACUUGUUCAACAACUCCUAAGACUAAGAAGAGACUAAACUUUGUUGCCGAUCAUCCAUUCAUUUUUCUCAUAGCGGAAGAUACAAGUGGGACGGUACUAUUCAUGGGCAGCGUGCUUAGAGUUGACCGGUGGCGGAGGGAGGGGGCACCAGUAGGGGCGGUCGCCCCCCCUCCCUCCAAUUUUUUUGAAGGAAACUACAGAAUUCUUGAAAAAUUUUAG